CUGCGCCGCUCCAGACGCGGUGUCUUCCUCAUUCCACAAGAUCUCCUCACACCACCCGCCUCCGUCCCCCUUCCUCGACGGUGGCCGGCGCCCCCUAUUAGCGCCGCCUCCCUCGCCCCGCUACAUCGACCUCACGGCGUUUGCUGCCGCGAGGAACGGAGGAUUUGGCCGCCGAGGAAUUCGACAAGGAGCCCCUCUACAGCGAGCCCACGGCGGUUGCAGCCGGGAAAGCGUACGCGAGGAAGGGAGGAGUUUGCCGCCGGCGGAGGACCGAAACGGCGCGAUUUCCGGCGUUGAUUCUCCCGUCCAACGGCGUGAAUCCAUCUUCAUUUCAGAUUUUCAGAGCCGGAGAGCAACUGUACCAGCCACCAGCCACCACGAGUCCAGGAUUCAGGAAUCCGAGACCAGGCGAGAGUCCAAGGGGAAAGUACCCUUUUUUAUUCUUCUUUCGAUUCGAUUCGGAUUGAGGAGCUGGAACCGUCCUUGGACAACCCCAUUAAAGUCCAACAAGGGGCUCGGGCAACCAGCUCCGCCGGUCCGGACGGAGAAAUUUGCCGGCAGGACAGAGAUCGGUGGAGGAUGGCCGCCGGCAACCAGCGGAAGUGCCUCUUUGUGGUGAUGAAGGAUAAAAGGCCUGAUUAUUUUGUGUACAGCAUCAACAUCGAGCAUAUGUUCCAGUCCGGCGCCUCCAGAGGGGCUGCGGCAGAGAUCCGCAGCCUCCCCAGCCCCAUGGGGCAGAUCCCCAAGCCCCUCGCCAACCCCGAGCGCAUCGACUUCGCCCUCGCCGGCGACGGCGCCACUUUGGUGGGCGUCAGCAACCUCAAGCGCACCGUCUUGUACGACACGAGGUCAGGAGCCACGUCAACGGGGCCGGAGCUCCAGCACGACAAGACCGGCGGCACCUUCGUCAUCCCGCUGGGGCGCAGGCUCUACGCGCUCAAAUGCCGUCUCAACAGGUCUGACCAAGGGAAGCCCUCCGGCGAGGACUGCGCCCUCCUCAUCCAGGACGCCGGCGGCACCCGCCUCAGGCUAGACUGCUCCUCUAGCUCAUGGCGCACCCUCCCGGAGCCACCGCCCGACUUCCGCCGCCUCAACGGCUUCCAGAUAAAAUGCCAGCUCACCGCCUACUUCACCGCCGGCGCGCGCAUCUGGGUCUCGGCGGAGGAGAGGGGCACCUACUCUUUCCACACCGUCCGCCGCGAGUGGCGCAAGGAGGGCGACUGGCAGCUGCCCUUCCACCACCGCGCCGUGCUCGUCCCUGAGCUCCACAACCUCUGCUUCGGCCUCUGCUCCAAGGACCGCUGCCUCGUGGCCGUCGACGUCCAGCAAUCCCCGCCGGUCGUCCGGUACAAGUGGGAGGACACAUUCCCCAGCUGGGCCCGUGAGAACGGCAACGUCUGCGGCCUCAUGCCGGAAGGCAGCCUGGUCUACCUCGGGGACGGCAGGUUCUGCAUUACUUGGACUGUCUUGAUGAUUGACAGGGUCGAUGGCCGCCCGCACUACUUCAUCCACUUGAUGGCCGUGCAACUCAUCAAGACUUCUACCGGCUCCGGCAAGAAGCAGCUGAGGAUGGUCAAGCGCGGAGUUUGCUGCUACGAAAUGCCAAGCCAUGGCCUCAUGGCUCAUGUUUUUUAACCGCACUUAUAUCCUUGCACGAGGAACUGACUGCUUACUGGAGGUCGCUCAGCAAAUCCUUGAUGAAGCAGCUGCGGAUGUUCAAGAGGGGAUGAGUUCAGGCUCAGACUAUUAAUGGUGUUGUAGUACGUGUGAUAUACCAACCAUGGACUCUGAAUGUUCAAUCUUCCCUCAAACUUGAGAGGUUGUUAGUUUCCAAACUUUCAAUUUUUUGUAUACUGUUGUUGCCUUGUUGGGCAGUGAAAUCUCGUCUGUUUAAGGUAGGUUCAUUGGUCAGUUAUUAGGUUUUAGUUCUUUUUUUGGGCUUAUUAGGUUAUCUGAGAUAUAUUCAGUGAAAUAUGGUAUCACACGAAAAUCAUUGGCAGCUUAUUCAUAUGCAGUGUUCAGCUAA